AUGUCGGCCGCAGCCCCCUCUACCACCACCUCUGCCCCUACAUCUACGCCCGUCCGCACGCCGUCUUCCUACAGGAGCCCGCCAGCAGACGCCAGCUCGCCGGCCAGGACGCUGAGUGCCAGCGGACGCCCGCACCACCGCUCUUCUCACAGCCGCUCGGGCUCGCGGUCGUACUCUCAGGAGCCCAGCGCAGCAGCAGGACCGGCAGGAGGCCAUUCUCGCACGUCCAGCAGCGCUCGACGGGACUACGACCAGCCUCAGCCUUCCGCUGCCGCUGCCGCUACUGCUGCUACUGCUACGGCCUCGUCUCGCCCUGGCACGACGGGGACAACAGGACGCAGCUCGUCGAAAGACAGGCCGCGGGAGACAACAGCCUCUGCCUACCGCCCAGACCCUUCUCGUGCCCACCGUCGGACUGCUUCACGGCCUACCAACGGAGACAACGGCGUCGACAUGUCUCGAGCAAACCCAGCAGCGGCCGCAGCAGGAGAUGCUGCUGCCACUGCUGCCCAUGCAACCAACGGAGCUACGCUGGCUUCCGGGCCAAAGAGACGGACGACCAUCACCACGCCCUCUGGACAGUGGGCACUUGGCAAAACCAUCGGAGCAGGCAGCAUGGGGAAGGUCAAGCUCGCAAAGAACCUCGAAACAGGCGAGCAGGUUGCUGUGAAAAUUAUCCCUCGUCACACCAACGAUGAGCAGCGUAGCACCCGAGAGAACGAACGGGCUGACCGUUCAAAGGAGAUACGUACCGCCAGAGAGGCGGCCAUUGUCACCCUCCUUAACCAUCCGUACGUCUGCGGAAUGCGGGAUGUCGUGCGUACCAACUACCACUGGUACAUGCUCUUUGAGUAUGUCAACGGCGGCCAGAUGCUCGACUAUAUCAUCUCCCACGGCAAGCUCAAGGAGAAACAAGCCCGCAAGUUUGCUCGUCAGAUUGCAAGCGCCUUAGACUACUGCCACCGCAACAACAUCGUCCACCGAGAUCUCAAGAUAGAGAAUAUACUAAUCAGCAAGACAGGUGAUAUCAAGAUCAUCGACUUUGGCCUCAGCAACCUCUUCUCUCCCAAGGGUCAGCUCAAGACCUUCUGCGGCAGUCUCUACUUUGCUGCUCCUGAAUUGCUCCAGGCUCGCCAGUAUACCGGACCGGAAGUCGAUGUCUGGAGCUUUGGUAUCGUCCUCUACGUCCUCGUCUGCGGAAAGGUCCCCUUUGACGACCAGAGCAUGCCCCAGCUCCAUGCUAAGAUCAAGAAGGGCGUUGUCGAGUACCCCCCCGGUCUCUCUUCAGACUGCCGUAAUAUCAUUUCCCGCAUGCUAGUCACUGACCCAAAACAGAGAGCCAGCCUGGCUGAAAUCAUGCAGCAUCCCUGGAUGACCAAGGGAUACAGCGGUGUGCCAGAAAACUACCUCCCACAGCGUGAACCUCUAAAGCUUCCACUGGAUCAGGAAGUAGUCAAAAAGAUGACUGGGUUCGAUUUUGGACCCCCUGAAUUUAUAUCCUCCCAGCUCACCAAGAUAGUUGAAUCCGAGGAAUACCAGCUUGCCAUCCGAAGCAGUGCCAAAGAACAGCAGCAAAGCCAAAACGCUGCUAAUGAGAAGCGACGAGGCGUCUUUGACUUCUAUAAACGUCGCAACUCCAUGAGCAAAGAUAACCUGACCAUUACCCCUUCGUUUGAAGCCAUGCAUUCCUUUGGUGACCCGUCCUGUGGUUUCCAUCCUCUUAUCUCGGUAUACAACCUUGUUAAAGAGAAACAGGAUAGAGAAAAUCCCCAACUGCAUCCUGGUGGCGCUCCCGGACCAGUAGACCCUUCGCUCAAGCAGUUAGAUCUCCCUAUGCCUGAAGCCGCUUAUACUAACCAAAACGCCUUUGAAGUACCCGGAGAGAAGGAUACCGGUGGAAGAGCCCGUCCGCGUGCCAGGACACAUGGAGAUGAUGAUAUCACCGAGGGUGUCAAGAACCUGACAGUGUCCAAACCACCUGUUCACCAGGCAGCCUCGCCCACCAUCAUCACCCCAGCUGAAACUGCGCCGCCCAAGAAGGAGAGUGCCGCUGCCGGCCUGUUGAGACGCUUCAGCACCAGAAGGACCAAGGACAGAGGCCGCGAGGCGGAGAGAGAGAAAUACCCGGCCCAUCACGGCCCAUCCGCCCACGCACACUUUGCCGAAGACCUUCUCGCCCCGAGAAAGAGCUUCAGCGUGCGGAGGUCAAGACGUGGAGAAGCCGCUCCAGGUAACCUGCACCCAAGUGGAAGCCAUUCUCAGUAUCCUGAUAUCCCUCACGGAUCAAAUUCGGGUCUCUCCCCUUCUCGGGCCAACAACAAUUUCCUUGCAAGAUCAACCAGUGUUAACUCUGGAGAAAAUCGCAUCCGGAGAAACAACAGGAGAGGUCCCGGGGGCUAUCUUACUUCUCCACCAAACGAACUGGCAACCGGCUCAGACCAGUCUAACCUACACGUUCAGCGGACCAAGCCCAGCAGCGAACAGCCUACAGAGACCAAGAGUGCCUAUCCUCCCCAAUCUAGGACGAAAUCACUAGGCCAUGCGAGACAUGAGAGCCACCAGGUCCGCCGCUCUCGUCGCGAAGAAGCAAGGGAAGCCCAAGUUCCAGAGGAGACAGACAACGAGCUUCUUGAAGGUGCAAACGCCGUGUCCGGCACUGGAGAAGAUCUAUCAAAGCCCGUCUACCUCAAAGGCUUAUUCAGCGUCUCUACCACCAGCAGCAAGCCCCUACAGUUCAUCCGUUCAGACAUCAUCCGUGUUCUCAAACAGCUGGGGGUCGAAUACGUUGAGAUCAAAGGCGGUUUCAGCUGCCGUCAUGCCCCGAGCAUUGACCUCAACCGUGUAGUCGACACGAACCCUCCAAGCCCAGAGAGACAAGGCCCCGUUUCAGGUCAUCGUCGUAGGAUCAGCUUUGCCGGACUCCGAGCCCACGCCACAGGCGAAGAGACUCAAGACUAUAAACCAUCUCCCCCAGCAAAGAGCUCGCGCCGCAGCACCCAACGACCCCCUGAUCAAAGCUUUAUCACUAACUCGGAGGGAUCAGAUGAAUACGUUGCUCCCCGCGACAGCACUGCUGGCGGAGAACGCGUGGUAGGCGAAACAACUACCAAAGUCCAAACUGAUACCGGCGCAAACCUCGUCCUGCGCUUUGAGAUCGUCAUCGUCAAAGUGCCCCUCUUCUCUCUACAUGGUAUCCAAUUCAAGAAAGUAUCCGGAGGGAUGUGGCAGUAUCGAGAAAUGGCAAAGAAAAUCCUAGAUAACCUCAGGCUAUAA